UGUCUCUCGCCGACAACUUCACGUCAACUUGUCGGUUUGCUGUCACAACAUCUAGUUUAGGUCUUCAAAAUGAAGGAGAGAGCUCACGACAGCGACACGGACGACGCCGUUUCUCCCCGAACACUUCGGAAGGAUGCCGUCAACUAUAAGUUACAUUUCCGAAAUAUAAACGAGCAACAAGUGGACGAAAUCUGCCUUGAUUUCUUCUAUAAGCCACACACCAUCACCCUCCUGACAGCUACUGUGCUGAGCCUCAUGUACUUUGCGUUCACCAGGGAUGACGGGCACUCUGACAACAACCUCCGAGUUGGUAUUUUGGUGGUUGUCUCCUUCUUCUUGGUCAUCAGUGUCCUGGCCUUUCCUAAUGGACCUUUUAUCAGGCCACACCCUGCAAUAUGGCGAAUGGUGUUUGGCCUCAGUGUUCUGUACUUUCUGUUUCUCGUCUUACUCAUCUUCCUCAACUGGGACCAAGUUAAGAUACUGAUGUACUGGCUGGACCCAAAUCUGCGUUAUGCCAAGCGAGAAGCUGAUAUCAUGGAAUACGCUGUGAACUGUACAGUGAUAACAUGGGAGCGGCUGCUGAGCCACUUCGACAUCUUUGCAUUUGGCCACUUUGCCGGCUGGGCAGUAAAGGCUCUGCUCAUUCGCAAUUACGGCCUCUGUUGGACCAUCAGCAUCACCUGGGAGCUCACUGAGCUGUUCUUUAUGCACCUGCUGCCAAACUUUGCAGAGUGCUGGUGGGAUCAGGUGAUACUGGACAUACUGUUGUGUAAUGGAGGAGGCAUCUGGCUGGGUAUGACCGCCUGCCGGUUUUUGGAGAUGAGGACCUACCGCUGGGCCAGCAUCAAGGAAAUCCACACCACCACAGGAAAGAUAAAGCGAGCCGUGCUCCAGUUCACCCCGGCCAGUUGGACUUAUGUGCGCUGGUUUGACCCAAAGUCCUCCAUCCAGAGGCUAGCAGGCAUCUACCUCUUUAUGAUCUUAUGGCAGCUGACAGAGCUGAACACAUUCUUCCUCAAGCACAUCUUCGUCUUCCAGGCGUCUCACCCACUGAGCUGGUGUCGUAUCUUCCUCCUUGGAAGCAUCACUGCACCCACUGUACGACAAUAUUAUGCAUACCUAACCGACACUCGGUGUAAUCGAGUUGGCACACAAUGCUGGGUGUUUGGGGCCAUUUCUUUCCUUGAGGCUCUUGCUUGUGUGAAAUUCAGCCAAGACUUGUUUUCCAAGAUGCAAAUUCUUUCUGUACUCCUGUGGCUGCUUUGUCUGGCACUCAUCACACUUCUAUGUUUGUAUGGGAUGAUGUGGUAUGAGCAAAAUAAACUGAAGAGCAUUUCUGUACAGAGUGAGGACUGUGAUGACAGAGGUGUUGGUGACUCAUGUGGUUUGGUCCCAGAUGGCCUUGCAGAUCAGAGGGACUCAUUAGGAAGUUUACAACCGACAAAACGGAGGAGAGCUGGUGGGAAGAACAGAUUUGUGAAUGGCCGCAUGGGAAAGGAAUAAUGACAUCAGAGCAACACUGAAUCACAACCUCUAUGAGAAGGUGAAGGAUGCACCCGGCAAGAUAAAUACAGUGUGCAUUAAUUUACUGAAUAUUCGGUGGGAGUCAGAGGCGAAACAAACCGAUAUACCUGCAGACUGGUGUGUUGAUUCUCUUGUACUCUGGCAGCUCUUUAAUACUGUAUCACAAGGACAAACUUUGUCUUGUAGUCAAUGUUACAUUUUUAAACGGACAUAACCUUGAAUUUAUUUGUACAAACGCUAGCCUAAGCAUCGUCCUACUUCCAACAUUAUAUAACUCUCCUACCUUAAAUUACUAAAUAUUGUUGAAAAUAUGUGCUAAGUGCACAAAAUGUAUGCACUUUGCGCGGUGAACAUGUUUAGUAUGUCCAGUCAGGGGGUGCCAGACCAAUCCACACAACGACCCUGAGUACAUUUAUGCUAAAUGCUCUUGAUAUUUUUUUAUUUUUUAUUAUGGGAAAACUAAAGAUCAUUGGUAUUGUUGUGUAUGGCUUUUUAUUAGUAAUUUAGAAUUGGUGAUGAUUAUCUUUUAACUUGUUUUAUUUCUGUUUGUUUUUUAUAAUAAUUGCAAAAAGUGACUUUUCUAGAAUACAGUAACGCACAGUAACACAGAACUGUAUGUGUUUUUUUUUUUCUUCAAUCGAAAUUGCAUCAUCAAUUCAAAUAAGAGGACUAAGUGUAACUGAACUACCAGUGGCAUUUACAAGUAACCCUUUUUAGCCAAAGUCAAUGUGAUAUUGGAACGGUUGGGAUGUUUUUUUUGUCUUGGUGUUUUUGUGUGUUGGUUUUUAGUGAGCGGUGUAUAUUAGGUGUACUGACUGAGAAUACUGUGACAUUCAAUGCAAUAGUAUUGAGGUGACAUUCAACAGCAGAGGAUAAUGACCUUUGAAAUUACCCUUUUCAAAAGCAGUUUAUAUUGGGUUUUGAAAUGAUCCAAAUGAAUGAAAUGUGACAUUAAUAUAUUAUGUAUAACAUUAAUAUCUUUUCCAUGUAAGCUGUUCUUAAUAUUGUUGAAUUAUGCAUUAUUUUUCAUAUUUAGUGUAGGAAUGUUAACAAGUUAGCAUCGCCCAAUUUCAUUUGUAUUGGUGUUGUUUGUAUGAAACGUACCUCACUUGCUUGCCUAAGUAAUUCUGGUCCUUUGACAUGUACAAAGCUGUGUGUCAGACUACACUGUAUUUAAUAUAAAAUGGUUCUACCUUUCCUCGAAGAAGGUGUCUGACCAAAAUCUUACUUAUUAAAAAGAUUUUGCACAGAU